AUGGUAGGGAAAGUCAGUGAGAGGGUUCUCCUUCGGGAGGGCCUGGAGAGAACCGACAAUGGCAUGAAGCAGACAAGCUGGCCAGAUGUCACGCCCAUCAACCAGAAGAACUAUUACACGGAUUAUAUGAAGCGCGAUGAUCAGAUUCUUGCUCUGCGACUCCAGGGCGAUGCCACUCGCGAUAGAAUCGUGCAGGCAGCGAAGGAUAGAGACCGCGCUCUUGCUCAAAGCGGUCGCGCUGAGGUACCCCUCGUCAUUCCCGAGCUUCAACCUGAGGAGGCGCCCGGCGAUGCUGCUGUAGGCUUGGAUCCCUCUAAGGUCAUCGUCAUCCAUCCCGGCAGCCAGAACCUCCGCAUUGGUUUCGCCAGCGAUGCUCUUCCCAAAUCGAUCCCGAUGACACUUGCGACCAAGUUUCCUCAAACCGAGGCUGAGAUGCACGAGGCGCUUCCCCGACGACAGUUCGAAGCGAAGACACAAGACCAACAAUACGGGGAAGAGUGGUCCAAGAAGUACGCGAAGAUGAGCAACGAUCUCAAACUCGACAUGCGCGCAAACAAGCGCAAGGUCUUGCCAAACUCAAAGGAAUUGGUGUUGAAUUACAAUCGCCGUACCGAGCCUGAAAUUAUCCAAACACAUAACGACCCCUUGCAAAUCGACUGGACCGAUGUCAACGACCUGGAAGACCCCAAGUCUUCUGCCUCCUGCUUCAUCGGAAAUCAGGCGCAGAGAGUGCCAGACGACUCUCAGCCGAAGUUCAAGCUGUGGUGGCCAUUACAACACGGAGUUCUCAACGAAGACGACUACACUAACGCGGAACAUCUGUUCGACGAUUUCGAGACUCUGCUGGACAAGGCUAUCAGACAGGAACUUGGACUCACCAAGAACAGCACGUGGAGACAGUACAGCUGCGUCUUUGUUAUACCUGACCUCUACGACAAGAAGUAUGUCGAGCAGGUGCUCAGGUCUUGCAUGACCUGGUUCGAGUUCAACCGCAUCUGCUUCAUCCAGGAGAGUAUGGCCGCUACCUUUGGCGCCGGAUAUACACAGGCCUGUGUCGUCGACGUUGGAGCCCAAAAGACCUCAAUUACGUGUGUCGAAGACGGUCUUUGCGUGGAAGACUCGCGCAUCAACAUGAAAUACGGCGGUUGGGACGUAACGGAGACAUUCGUCAAGAUGCUUCUGUACGACAACUUCCCUUACCAGGAUAUCAACUUGCGAAGAAGAUAUGACUUCCAGUUGGCCGAAGAGCUCAAGAUUAAGCACUGCACCAUGUCGCAAGCAGACAUCUCGGUUCAACUAUACCAGUUCCAUUUGCGAGCCCCGAAUCAGCCCACGCACAAAUACCAAUUCAAGACAUACGACGAAGUCAUUCUCGCCCCCAUGGGCUUCUACGACCCAUCCAUCUUCGACAACAGCACGAAGCUGAGGAGCAGGCGCAAGCUCAUUGACAGGUCCUACAACGCUUAUGACGUUGAUAUUCCGGAUGACCCAAUAUCUGCGGCACAAUUUGCGAUCCUCGCUCAUGUCAAGCCAUCGUUGAACGCAGCGCCAACGAACGGCUUCAGUCAGUCCCAACCCGAUGUCUCCACGCCUGUCAAGGAGAAGCUGCAGCCGUUCGACUUCCUCAAGCGCGACAAUGGCAUCAACGGCACGCCGUCAGGCUCUAAUGCCCCGUCGCCCGCCCCGGAAGGAAUCAGCACCCCUGUAUCAGCACCGUUCAUUUUCGGAGCCAACAAAGAGGGUGCCAACGGAGGCAGUCCUGCUCCGCCUGUACGAAACGGCGGUACCCCAGGACCGAAUGGUACUGCGGCGCCGCAACCACCGGCCGGCAUGUUUGUUGAUUCAGCGGCGCGCAGCGCGAAGGCGCAGGCCGUUGAACGCGAUGCUGUUCUGCCACAUGCGCCGCUUGACAUUGCCAUUCUUACGAGCAUUAACAAUGCCGCAAAGGGUGACGACAAGAAGCUGCGAGACUACCUUGGCAGUAUCAUGGUCAUCGGCGGAGGUUCCAAAACGCCACAGUUCACCGUAGUCCUGGAGGAAAAGCUCAAGGCACGAAGGCCUGACCUUUUCGACCGCAUCCUCGUCAGCAGGAGUGCCAGAGACAUGGAUGAGCAGGUUGUCACUUGGAAGGGGGCCAGUGUCUUUGCCAAGCUCCCCGCCAACGAUUCUUGGGUCACUCCGUUCGAGUUUGAGCGACUUGGAGCUCGUGUGCUACAUCACAAGGUGCUCUGGGCUUGGUAG